AUGGAUGCUAUGAGUCGUGCUUUGCGAAAAGCAGCUCGGUCCCCGUUUUUGGACGAAAUCGAGCAGGCCGAAAUGCCGGAUAGGUUUACCUGCUCAUCGUUCAAUUGCUACGACGGGAAAACUGACCCAGUAGAGCACGUCAGUCAUUAUAUUCAGAUGAUGUCUCUACAUACUCAUAACGAUGCACUGAUGUGCAAGGUGUUUCCUUCGAGUCUGGGACCAACCGCUUUGAGGUGGUUUAACGGGUUACGGAAAGGAUCCAUAUGCAGUUUUUCCAAGCUAAUUCAGGAGUUCAGCAUUUGGUUUGUGACCUGCAGUCGAGUACCUCAGCCGGUAGAUGCGCUUUUGUCUAUGAAAAUGAGGGCGGAAGAGACCCUCCGUAGUUAUGCUAGCCGGUAUUGGGAGUUAUACAAUGAGAUAGGUGGAGAUAACAAAAGGGUCGCAGCAAGCACUUUUAGGAUGGGGUUACUUGAGGACUCCAGGCUACGGAAGUCAUUGACUAAGAAGCCUCCCGAAGUCAUGAGAUCUCGGGGGGGCUUGACGAUUCAAGAACCGGCCGCACAGAUGGGAGAAGUGAAUGUGACAUUUAAGGAACCAGUACACAGGAUUCUUGACCGGAUCAAACAUGAGCCAUAUUUUCGAUGGUCGAACAAGAUGGGAGGGGACCCAUCCAGGAGGAAUCAGAAUUUGUACUGCACCUAUCACCGAGACAAAGGUCACACUACCGAACAGUGCUGGGUGUUGAAGGAUCACAUCGGGCAAUUAGUCAAGGCCAGGCAUUUAAAGGAAUUCGUGCUGGACUCGGGGGACAGAGUUGCGGGGCAAGAUAAUCGGUAA